CAAUAUUCUAGGCAUUAUUGUUGGUGCAUUUCAUUCAAAGAAUGUUAUUGUGCUUUGUUUCCCCCCAUACAGGUGUUCACAAGUAGUGACACAGGUAUGAAGAAAAUGUAGAAAGAAUGAAAUGACAGACGAUUAAAAUUAUGCCUGCCUUGCUGGGGCUUACGUGGUCACUCUCUGCAGAAGAUGGAUAACUUUUCUGAGGACAUCGCAAACAAUAAUACUCUGAAUUGCACAAUUGAUCACUCCAUACACCAGACAUUAUCACCUGUGAUAUAUGUCCUUGUCUUUGUAGUAGGACUCCCAGCCAACUGUCUCUCGUUGUACUAUGCCUACUUGCAGGUGAAGGUCAAGAAUGAGUUGGGGAUCUACCUUUGCAAUUUGACCAUAGCAGACCUGCUUUACAUCUUCUCCCUGCCCUUUUGGCUCCAGUAUGUUUUACAGCAUGACAACUGGACCUAUGAUGAACUCUUAUGCAAAAUUUGUGGCAUUCUCUUGUAUGAAAAUAUUUACAUCAGUGUUGCCUUCCUCUGCUGCAUCUCAAUUGACCGUUACCUGGCUGUGGUGCACCCUUUUCGCUUCCAUCAGUAUCGGACAAUGAAGGCUGCCAUGGUGGUGAGCGUUGCCAUCUGGACCAAGGAAAUUCUGACCUCCUGCCUUCUUUUUACACACGGUGAAGUGACUAAGGACUCGGAGAGCCAUGUGGUGUGCUUUGAACAUUAUCCCAUCAAAACAUGGGAACACAACAUCAAUUAUUACCGUUUCACGGCUGGUUUCCUAUUUCCUUUUUCUCUGCUCAUUUUUUCUUACUAUGGCAUUCUGCGAGUUGUCCGCAAGAGCCAUGGCACACAAAAGAAGAAGAAGAUUCAAAUUAAACGUCUGGUGUCGAGCACAAUUAUCAUUUUCUUGGUGUGCUUCGGACCAUAUCACGUUCUAUUGUUGAUACGCAGCAUAUUUGAAAACAGCUGUGAAUUUGCUGCCAGAAUCUUUAACUUGUACCACAUUACACUUUUGUUGACUACUUUUAAUUGUGUUGCAGACCCAAUAUUGUACUGCUUUUCAAGUGAGAGUACCUAUCAGGAUUUUGUAAAAUUAGGGGACACUUGUUUAAAGUGCCUAAGAUGUAUACAGACAGAAACCAAGGAAUCCUACGCACUGAGUACUCCAGAAACAGUAAAAAAAAUCCGGGAGCAGGCUGAGGUGGACCCAGAGUUGUUAACUAAGUUACAUGCUCAUGAAGUGGAAGAAACAUCUAUCAGCACUUUUCCAAAAGAAGGAGUGAUCUAACGUCUCCGUACAUUUGCUCACUUCCCUUUUUGGAGUAUAGAUGUAUAGGAAUUAUUAUAUCUUGCAAAGAGGGACAAUAGUUCAAAAAGGCAAUCAACUGCACUAUGCGGAUGUU